GUACGUCCAGUAGGGUUCUGAAAUUCAUCAGUUGGCACUUCGUUCUGCCUCUGGUGGCGAGCUACAUGUACUCUUCCCACUCACGGCGAUCUUGCCUACACCUGCAUUUAUAAAUCAAAACAGUUGGAGGGCUGUCCGCAUCAUAUUAAUAAGUAACCACAUAAUGCCAGUGGAGGAGAGAUCUCACAGUGAUGAGAGUGAAGCAGAAUAUUCAUCAAGCAGUAGUCAGCAGUCAAUGAAUGGUCACUCAGAAGGUGUUAUACCCAAGAGCAAGAGCUUCAAUGAAGUCGGAACUAGCAAUGGACAUCAGGCACCCCAUGACUCCCCUCCACCAAUGCCAUGGUUUGGGAUGGAUAUUGGUGGCACACUGACCAAACUUGUGUACUUUGAACCAACGGAUUUAAGUGAGGCAGAGGAAGAGAGUGAAGUUGAGACCAUCAAAAAUAUUAGAAAAUAUCUGAAAAGUAACUCAGCCUAUGGAGAAUCAGGACACAGGGAUGCACACCUUCAGAUGGAGAAGGUCCGCGUUGGAGGUCGAAUUGGCACCCUUCACUUUAUCCGCUUCCCUACAUCAGAGAUGCCAUUAUUCCUGGAGCUUUCAAAGAGCAAGGGGAUGGCCACCCUUGCUUCCACAAUCUGCGCCACAGGAGGGGGAGCCUACAAAUUUGAAGAAGAUUUUCAACGCGUGGGUAUCAGAGUGUGCUCCUGCAAUUCCUCCUGUCCCCCAGCCGAUGGACAACCUUGUUAUGAGGUGAAUUUGACCUUACACAAAUUUGACGAGCUUGACUGCCUCAUUCGGGGCAUUGAGUACAUUGAAGAUAACAAUAUGGACCGUGAAUGCUACUAUUUUCUUAACCCUCGCAAUGAAGAUAGAUGUGAAAAAGUUACUUUUGACUUUAGUAAUCCAUAUCCCUUUCUGGUGGUGAACAUUGGUUCAGGUGUGAGUAUUUUGGCGGUGGAUGGGCCUGACAACUACCGAAGAGUAUCUGGGACUAGUUUAGGUGGUGGAACAUUCUUAGGGCUCUGUUGUCUCUUGACUGGUUGCAAGACCUUUGAAGAGGCAAUUGAACUAGCUGCAAAAGGCACAAAUGAAACAGUGGACAAACUUGUGAGAGAUAUCUAUGGUGGUGACUAUCAGAGAUUCGGCUUGAGCGGCAAUAUUGUUGCUAGCAGGUAA